GUUUAACCGGGCGUUGUCUACAGCAGUAGCGGCAGUUGUUGUUUGUCCUCGUGAUGAAGCUUAACAUAGCGUUUCCGUCCAAUGGGACUCAAAAGUGUAUUGAGGUCGAUGAAGAACUUAAACUUCGCCCAUUUUAUGAUAAACGUAUGUCCCAUGAGCUUCCAGUUGACUUUCUGGGGGACGAAUGGAAAGGAUACAUAAUGCGCAUAACUGGUGGAAAUGAUAAACAGGGUUUCCCUAUGAAACAAGGAGUUUUAACUAAUGGCCGUGUCAAAUUGCUGUUGAGCAAAGGAAGUUCAUGCUAUCGUCCUAGACGUAAAGGAGAACGACGACGCAAGAGCGUACGUGGUUGUAUAGUUGAUAGUAACUUAAGUGUCCUUAAUCUGGUUGUUGUACGCAAAGGAGAAAACGAUAUCCCUGGCUUGACUGACGUCAGUAUCCCUCGACGCCUUGGGCCUAAGAGAGCUUCAAAAAUUAGGAAAUUGUUUAAUCUGUCGAAGAAGGAUAAUGUUUGUCAGUUCGUUGUGCGGAAGCCUGUCCCAGCUAAAGAAGGAAAGAAAGAGCGUUCCAAAGCUCCGAAGAUUCAGCGUUUAACAACACCUCUGAGAUUACAGCGUAGACGCCGAAGGCAUGCACUGAAGCGUCAGCGCAUAGAAACCCGCAGAAAGACACAAGAAGAAUACGCCAAAUUGCUUGCUCAGCGCCGAAAACAGGCUCGCGAUGAGCGUGCAGAACGCAAGCGGUCGCGAAGUCACUCCUUACGUGAAUCUAAAGGACAAACAGAUAAAAGUGCAUCAUAAAAUUGUCUAACUACAAAUAAAUAUGUGGAU